AUGCGAAAAAAUGACUUUGAUGUGAGGGAGAUGAAUGCUGCGCUAGGUCUCCUGAAGCUAGCCAGGGAGAGGAAGGGGGAGGGAGACGAGCCUGAUAUAAGAACAAGGAAGACGACUUUUCAAAUGAUGGUCCUCAAAGAAGUCUUUAAGAUUGCACCGCAUCCAUCGACACUUACAAAGACAGACCUUGCACUUAUGAUCAAACUUCCACUGAAAGCUGUACAGAUAUGGUUUCAAAAUGAACGGAGCAGGAAAGAGAGAGGUGGGAGGGCAGGGAAGAGGAGUAGAGGAGGGAAAUCCGAAAGUAUAGAUCCUGUCAGACUGCUUAAGGUUAUAAUGAAAGUUCUGGACAAAAACAAAGAGGGUCUUGGCUUCUGA